AACUGUUCCUUGGGCAGCUGUAUAGUAGCGGCCCACUUCUACACUAUGGGUUAACGGCAUACGCUACAUUUCUUUGUGUACAAUACAAGUUGAUCGGCAUUCUGUUAAAAUGGUUCACUUGUUAUCACAGGAUCUACGUUUGGUAUUUUGGUCAUGGGGUAACCGGUUUUGGAAAUAUAUGGCUGUGGUAUUACAGCCUUGUGCCUCGACAUUUUGUGUCAAACUAUUAUUUACAAGGUCAACAAAGAAGCUUUAAGCAAAACAAUAGUCAUUUUUCAACAAACCAAUUGAUUGGAUUUUUACAAGUUUUUUUUUGUGUGGUUUGAGUGCAGUGUGAAUGGAGAACUUGGUUAGUUGAAAAUUAGUUUUUACAGGUAAAUGAGUAUUUCAGAUUUACCGUCACAAGAGUGCUCCAAAUGGCUUGGCCAACACCUGUGUGACUUGUCAUGUUGAACUUUUGGUGUACGAAGCAGUUGCAGCACUUACUUUUGAGUUCGGGGCUUCCCGACAGUGCAGUCACUUACAGCAGCUUUCUUGCUCGUGACAGGCGUGUUAAAUCACACUCGAAAUAAACACCUGCAGGAUGUCACACGAAUGUGUUCCCGGGCCGAGCUGCUAACAUUUAUGCCAACGAGCCACAAUUUACAACCAUCUUGAUUUCACACAUAAACUGCUUUUCUGAAAUAAAACACAGCAUCAUUCAUGAAAAUGUUGCUGUUAUGACAUAAAUCACAUUUUUUUAAAUAUAGAUUUUCUGUAUGCCUUCAAGAGGAAAAAAAAUUUGUGUUUUUUUUAACAUUUGGCUCAUAAAUCCGUAAAGAUACAUGAUCUUUCCAAGCGGGUUUCCUAUUUCACGUCCAGUGCUUGAUUACCAGUGAGGUCAGACUCAAGGAGCGUGCUCUAAAUAUUCCUGACCCAGCUUAGUUUUCAACAUGAGGGAUUGCCUUGUGGUCACCAGUGACACGCCUCUACAGCUGGAACAGAGUUUGAUGCUUACUCACUGGGGAAUUGGAUCGGCCAGAAUCCCUCACAUGGAGAGGCCGUGUUGUGCCUGCAGCCCAUUAGAAACGAACACAUGACAUUUGUGGAUUUAGAUGCUGUUGUCACAAGAAGCACUUGUUACUCUCGUUCUGUUUUUGAAGAAGGCUUUUUAGUUUGGUCGAGCUUAAUCAUUCGCGUUUGGCUGAAACAACAUGGCAGCUGCCCUCUGAUUGUUUUGAUAGAAGUGAGAGAGAAAUUCUAAAACCAGUGUUGGAUUUUGUCUGAAGCUAAGCCUAUUCUUAAUUAAAGGUCCUCAGCUUGAUCUAUUUGGUCAAACGGAUAAUGAUGAUUCAUCUGAAAGGUUGUGUAAAGCAUUAUGAUGCAGUUGCCAAAGUCUUUGAUGUUGUAUUGCAUUGAGAGCUCGUCAGUCACUGCUGUUUCUUACUGUGAAACGGUGUUAAGACGGACCUUUACUCAUUUAACAAGCAUAAACGGUAAUACGGUAUUGUUGCAAUACUUUGGAGGGUCAGCUUUAAAAUGUUUUGUUUCUGUCUGCCUUUUGUGUGCAAUCUGUUUUUGUGCGUAGCCACCGUCUUUGUUUUGCUGAUGCUGGCUGAUGUGAAACAUCCUUUUAAUAUGAGGUCUUGGUUAUUAGUCGCCUCCACAGUGAUGAUCUUUGUUCAGUAUCUUAACAACCUUUUGUUUUCAGAGAGUGAUGCAGAAGAGACAACUGUAGUCCUGACUAAAGGGUCUGAAGGGGAAAGAAUCACAGAGUUGGAAACGGACAUCACCGUGGGACGAAUAGUAGGCUCAGUGUAUGAUAAGCAGGGCUUUCUGCUGCAGCUGGAUACAAAACUGCCACCAGAGUUGGCAUACAAGUAUGGCAACAUCAGCGAAGGAGUGUGCAAGCCAGGAUACGCAGCAGCCAAGAUGACCGCCAUCUAUCCCAACAGAUUCAUGAAACCAGCACCCAUGUUUCUUGAUCGGAACUUUAAACGUCUGACAAAAGUCAGCAACUACUUGCCUCCUUUUGGAUUCAAAACGCAAGAGCAAAUCAUCGACAGCAUUUUAACUGCCACAAAAAAUUAUGGACUUGGAGAGGAGCUGGACAGUCUCGGCUGUAAAAGAUGCAUCAUUGUGGGCAAUGGGGGAAUCCUGUUCAACAAGUCUUUGGGCUCCCGUAUAGAUGACUUUGAUGUCGUUGUGAGGUUGAAUGAAGCUCCAGUUAGCAGUUAUGGCAGAGACGUGGGGACCAAAACCACCAUUAGGAUUACCUAUCCAGAGGGCGCUAUCCAGAAGCCCGACAACUAUGAAAAAGAUUCACUAUUCGUCUUUUCCGGUUUCAAACCACUGGAUUUCAAGUGGCUCCGACAGAUGGUCUUUAAGGAGAAACUGAGGGGUACAGAGGGGUUCUGGAAGUCGGUGGCCCAAUAUGUGCCUCGGGAGCCGACGGAGAUGAGAAUCCUCAAUCCCUACUUCAUCCAGGAGGCUGCCUUCCAGUUCAUCGGCCUGCCCUUCAACAAUGGCAUCAUGGGCAAAGGGAACAUUCCAACUUUGGGAACAGUUGCUAUAACGAUGGCACUGCAUAACUGUGACGAGGUGGCGGUGGCCGGUUUCGGCUACGACAUGAACACGCCCCACGCACCUCUGCACUACUACGAGACGGUCAAGAUGUCCGCCAUUAAAGAGUCAUGGACACACAACAUAUCCAAGGAGAAGGAGUUCCUUCGGAAGCUGGUGAAGGCCAACAUCAUCACAGACCUGACCAACGGCAUCUGAGUUUACACGCUCCCGGUCUCCCGCUGCCUUUCCCAACGGACGACGCAACUGGAAACUGAGAACUGGGUCGUCUCUGGGAGAAAAGAACCCGUAGAAUCCGGAUGGCCUGCACACUGACUGGGUUUUUCAUAUCAAAGGAGAUUAUUUAAAAAUAAAAAUAAACAGACACAGGAGUGUUUCUGUGGUGUGCUGCACACAUGUGCCUUCUGAACCAAAGACUCCUGCUGAUUGAAGCAGGGCGUGCAGAGGGUGCACACGGGGGGGACUGGAUCUGCUCCGGUCUCAUCGCGGGACGGUGGCGGGAAAGCUCUGCCGGCCCCUCGCUUCAACGUUGACCACGACCACCCCAGGAGUAUCUCGAGAAUGAAGAGUCGGAUGUCAGGAUUUAGCCUACCGCACUGGCUAACUUGAUGAAGGCACACAGGAAGAAGGUAUUCGCCGGAGUCUUCGCAGUGCCAAACGUACCUCGCACAGGGGAGAGGCCGUCCUCCUCCUUUUGCUGCCUGAAUGUAUUCACUUUCUUCAGUGUAAAUAUCAAAAGUUUUUACUGUGCUUUUUAACAAGCUGCAGCAGCCCCCCCAUCCCCGACCACCAUUUGUCCAUUCAUUCAUUCCUCUUUUUUUCAAAAUGAACAUUGGCAAAGCCAGUUGACAGUAGAUAAAUCAUCACGGGUCACCUGCCAGCAGUUAGUGAUGUUCUCUGUUCUUUGUCUGUAAGGUGACGAUAUUCGGGGAGCGAUGGAGCCGGCUCUGCACAGAGUGGCUGUGUCGGCUCGUACCGGGGCAGAGCGCACUGACCAGAGGAUGCUUUCUAAGAUGCUCUAAAUGAAAUAGCAUUGAAAGCACUUAUCAGGAAAAUGUUUAUUUAUUAUUUUGGUGAGUCUAAAUUAUUUUAGCCACGGGACUAUUUGUUUUGAGUUGACCCGCCCUGGCGGGUGGGACCAAAAGUCAAAUUGGGACACUGCCUUUUUCUCUUCCACCUCUUUGUAAACUCCUCCUCCUCCUCCUCGUCAGUCUUCUUCACUUCAUCAGCUGUUCGGCCUCCAGGCUGCAGCCGGACGCACGGUGACGUUUUCUACUGUCCAUCCCUCCUCCAACCUCCCGUUGCUGCAGAUGUUGUUCUUCAGUAAAUGGUGAAAUCUCGGAUUGUAGAAUUUAUAUAUAUAUAUAUUUUUUGGUUGCUUUUUAGGUCAAUUUAUUUUAUAUUGUUCCUAAGUCCCGUGUUUUGGUCACCGGCACGCCUGCUUUCUGUUGCGAGGGUUUCUAUCGCUCCGCCUGUUUCCUCAGACGGCGUCAUCUUUGAAUUUAGUGGCUGAAGUUUCUAAAGCCAAAUAAAACCGAUUCAUCGAAGAAUUCAGUCAUUACGGUUCUUGGGCAGAAGCCCUUGAUUUGUGUGCUGGAUGCAGCUCAUGUUCACGAUGGCCGCUGUCUUUAAACUGAGAAGCUCUGGGUGUGGAUGGUCCCUCCGUCUGAAGGCCGGUGCUCCCAGGCCGCCACACUGCAGGAGCAGCGAAGGGUUCAGGACUAAACCAUCAGACCGUUUGCUCCCUAAAAGAAGAAACUGUUGGAAUGUCACGUCUGUUUUAUGAAGUGAGUUUGAUCAUCUUAAUCUCGUGAUGGUGCGUUAUUAAAUCCUGCUUUACCAAGGCGGGGUUUUGUUUGACAGUUUUCAGAUGACAAGUCAAGGAGCUUUUCGCCUGUUACCCGUUUCUCCUUCUUUGGAAGAGCACAUUGAGUCUGUUGAACACACGGGUUCACUUCCAACACUCUUCAUCAAUAAGCUGCUGCUGCUUCAUCCGCUGACCACCAGCUGACCAUUGCCGUACCGGGAGGCGCUCUGUGCCUUCCGCCUCAUUCCCUGAGGACUGUGGCGAGGAGUUUAACGUAACGCAGCUGGUCCCGUCUGUCCGGGUCAGGACGGCUCACCUCAUCCCUCUGACGGGGGGCUGUUUCAUAUCUGCUGUGUAUAUAUUAUAGACAGCUUUAGGACGCCCCAUACUGGUUGUUUUGUGUGUUUUAGCAAACAAACCACAUGUUUAAGCUUAUUUUAAAUGUUGCUGCUGACGCCAGUUGCGAUGCAGAAAAUGAUCUUCUUUUCUGGUCCAUGGUUCUUCGUUGUGUUUGUGCGGCUCACCGAUACGAUGGCCUCUGGCAGCGUGCUGUGAGAGGCUCUGAGUGACUCGUGAAGGUCAGUGUCAGUACUGUGGGAGCAGCGGCUGGACAUCUGUGGCUCUGGAGGGAGUUUCGUAGGAAUCGGAACGUGAAGGAUCCAGUGUUUUAGGAGCUUGACUCACUUGGGACAAAGUCAGGAUAUCUUCCUCUGCUGCUAUGAUUUUGAUUUCAUUUAUUUUUUAAUCAGUCUCUUGAGAGACCCCCAUUUUUAAGGAAGUGCACUGGACCACCUCUUUAAUUCUUGAAUGUUCGAACGUCCCUAAAUGCAGGAGAGUUUGAAACUGUCUCUGCCGAGUGCCGCGGGACCAUGUCACUAAAAUGCAUAUUAAAUAUAAAAGAGGCUGCAGUAGAUUAUCGAUGACAAAGAGGGGAUAAUAGUGUACUGAGAUUAUUAGGAAACAAAUCUUUUAUGUUUUGGAAACUGGUCAUUAAUUUGGUCAAAUGUGUAGUCGCCGGGCUAAAACGUGCCAAACCACCAGUUUGGUCUUCAAACGUUGAAGCAGACCCUCGGUUGGAGUUUCUUUUUAGUUUUUUUUUCUCCAGGUUUUGAGUUUGUGCGCAUGCUGGUGGAGUUCAAAGGGUUUGGACCCAAAUCGCCGCUUCUUCAUAACCUGUUCACGCAGAAAGUAUUCGCUUCUGUCAUUCAUCAUAUUUAUAAAAACAUUUUUUUACAUUUUACAUUCCACCAUCAAAAGGAAGUCGUAGUGAUCAAAAGUGUUACUGGGUUCAUUUAUUUUUUUCUAUACAGUUAUAAAUGGCUUUCUGAUACUCAAUAAAUAAGUUUGUAAUGGAUAUCUGCCUGUGCAUGUUUCCAUCUUUUGACAGAUUGGUGCUUUUUUGUAUUAUACUUUAUUUUGUAUAUACAUAUUUCUGUACACUGUGAAUUUUCAGUAUCUAUAGUAAAUAUUUUUGCUGUA